GCGGCCUCGCGGCUGGGCUCGACUCAGCGCCGGCGCGCGGGCGGGGGAGCCGGGGACCACCGCUCCAGCCCGCUGGCCUUCGAAAGAUCCUCCUGGGCCAAUGGCAGGCGGGGCGACGCGCCCGGAUUGGUGCAGGCGCUCUGCUGAUCACUGUGGAAACCAGGGCGGCGGGGAACGCGGGAGGAUGCGGAGCCGCGGGCGGGGGGAGCCGAAGGGGCGGGCGGAAGAGGCGUCCGGGUCCUGAACGACCCCGGAGUUUUUCCUGGAGGCAGAAGUCCACUGCGGGCUGGCUGGCGGGCGGAGGGCGGGGCGGAGCAAAGACACCGCUUGGGGGCACUGGGUAGCCGGGGAUAGUCAGAGGGAAGGCAGGGGUGACUCCCGAGCGCGGGCAAGGAGGCUGGGGGAAGGGCGCGGCGGGAGGAGGAGUAGGAGAAGACAAAAGCCGAAAGGGAGGAGGGCCCGGGCCGCACACUCGAGCUGCGGGCGUGGAGGCCACAGUGCACGGGGCAUCCCGGUCAGCAGGCAGCAUGGGGAAAGGGGGGAACCAGGGCGAGGGGGCCACCGAGCGCGAGGCGCCCAUGGCCACCUUCAGCUGGGAGGAGAUUCAGAAGCACAACCUGCGCACGGACAAGUGGCUCGUCAUCGACCGCAAGGUCUACAACAUCACCAAAUGGUCCAGCCGGCACCCAGGGGGCCAGCGGGUCAUCGGGCACUACGCGGGGGAGGAUGCUACGGAUGCCUUCCUCGCCUUCCACCGUGACCUUGAUUUCGUGCGCAAGUUCAUGAAGCCUCUGCUGAUUGGAGAGCUGGCUCCAGAGGAGCCCAGCCAGGACCAUGGCAAGAACCCCCAGAUCACCGAGGACUUCCGGGCCCUGAGGAAGGCCGCCGAGAACAUGAACCUGUUCAAGAGUAACCACCUGUUCUUCCUCCUUCUCCUGGCCCACAUCAUCGUCAUGGAGAGCAUUGCCUGGUUCAUCAUCUUUUACUUUGGCAAUGGCUGGAUUCCAACCAUCAUCACGGCCUUUGUCCUUGCUACCUCUCAGGCCCAAGCUGGAUGGCUGCAACAUGAUUAUGGCCACCUGUCUGUCUUCAAGAAGUCCGCAUGGAACCACGUUGUCCACAAGUUCAUCAUUGGCCACUUAAAGGGUGCCUCCGCCAACUGGUGGAACCAUCGCCACUUCCAACAUCACGCCAAGCCCAACAUCUUCGGCAAGGAUCCCGAUGUGAACAUGCUGCACGUGCUCGUCCUGGGCGAAUCGCAGCCCGUUGAGUACGGCAAGAAGAAGCUCAAAUACCUGCCUUACAACCACCAGCACAAGUACUUCCUCCUGAGUGAGUGUUGGGGGCUGCCCUCCAACCACACCCCAGAAUGGCCAUCUGUCCUCCCCCCCAACCACCUGCCACCUCUUUAGACCCAGGAAUCGCCC